UACAUUAUCAUAAAAAUUCAAUCAACAAAAAUUAACAUCGUAUAUAUAAGAAGAUAAAAUAUAAUAUAUAUUAUUUUUUAAAAAAUGAAUGAAGAAAAUAAAACUUUAUAUGAUACAUCUAUAACUGAAAAUGAUAGUAUAUUAGAUUUUAAAAGUCCAAAACAAUUUUCUAAAACAAAAUUAACUGAAUUUAAUUAUUUCAAUGGACAUCAAAAGAAAAAGACAAAUAUAAAAUUUAAAAAUGUUAUCAAAAGCCAAAGAGAUAACAAAAAAAAAAAAGAACAAGAAAAGAAAAGAAAUUUGCAAGAAUCUCAAUCUUUAGAAUCAUCAUUUUUUAAAUUUGAAAAUAAUUGUGAUAAUAAUUCUAAUAAUGAUGUAAAAGUGGCUCUAGUAUGUCCUUUAUGUUUUAAAACGUUUAAGGAUCUUAAUUCUCGUGCAUUACAUAUGAAAAUUUGUGCAUAUAAAAAUAAUAUUUCUACAAAAAAGUUAUUAGAUGCUAUAGAACUUCAAAAACGUCAAGAAGAUGAAAGAAAAUCAUUAGGUUUGCUUGUUGCACCUAUAGUACAAGAUAAAAAAAAAUCAAUGUUAUAUAAAAUUUCAUAUGAAGAAACUGAUUUUCAACUUGCCUUAGCAUUAUCAAAAUCUCUUCAAGAAGCGGAAGAACUUGAUAAAAUAAAUGAAAUUGAAAAAUUACCUAAAGUAUUAAAUCAAUUUAUAUUAGAAGAAAAUAAAUCAGAAAGUCAGUUGGAAAAAUUUGGAUUUAUAAACAGCAAACCUCCAUCAUUAAUAAAAAAUAAAAAAAGAAAGAAUAAUGAAAUAACUUUACUUCAAACACGUUCUGAAAAAGAAAGAAAUCAUAUUUUAACUGAAAGAAUCUCUGAAAUUUUAAUGGGAGAUGAAUUAAUUACUCAAAAUCAGAAAGAAAAAAUUAAAUGUAAUUAUAUAAUUGAAAAAAAAACUGAUUUAAAAAGUCAUUUACUUCAAGAACUUCUUAAUAAGGAAAAAAAAUUAUGGAAUAAAGCAAAAUUACCUCUAAAUCAAAACAAUUUUUAUGUAUCAAAUUUAUCGCAAUAUAUAACUUUAGAAGAAAAACAAAGAGAAGAAGAAAUGAUUUUAGAUUUUGCAAAUACAUGCGAUGUAUAUAAUCAUGUGAAAUCAAAUCAAAAUCCUACUGAAUUUAAUAAUGAAAAAAUAUAUGAAAUAUCACAUAAAAAAAUAUAUUGUGUAAAUGAAAAAUGCGAAAAUUGUCAAAAUAUGCAAUUUAUUAAUACAGUAAUAACAAAUUGGGGUGAUUCAUUAAAUGAUAGUUCUGCAAGUGAUAUAAUAAUAUUUGUUAAAAAUGAUAAACAUAUUUGGGCACAUAAAUUAGUUCUACAUAUUCAGUGUUCAAAUAUGCUACUUGAUAUUACAUCUAAUGAUACUUUAUUAUUUACUAAUAUUAAAGAAAAAAUUUCUUGGACAGAUGUAUCUUAUAAUAUUGCUUUAGCAUUUUUAGAAUUUAUUUAUUGUGGUAUUAUAGAAAAGUAUUCAAAUAUUUUAAAUGAUUUAAAGAACUAUCCAUUUUUAAGAGAUUUAGCAAGAAAGUAUAAAGUAAAAGAAUUAUUUGUUUUUUUAGAAAAAAGACAAAUUAAAAUAAAAAGUCAAAUGGACAGUAAAGAGCAAGAAUGUAUUUCUAAGAAAAAAGAUAAUUUAAAAUUAACUAAUGAUGAAAUAUUAAAUUUAAUCAAUGAAAUUAAAGAUCACAAAUUUAAUGAUGAUAAAAAAUUAAAUAAGAAAUGUUUAGAAAAAUACAUUAUAGAUAAAUCAAAAUUUGAAAUUAAAUUAAAGAAUGAUAAGUGUACAGAUGAAUUAUCGAAAAAAAUAGUUAAUUGUUUAAAUGAUACAAAUGCAAUUCAGAAUUCUAACAUGUCUCCUGAUUUAUUUGAUGAUACAAUACAAACUAAAAAAAUAAAAAAUAAAAAAGCAAGAUAUAUUAAUAAAAUUAUAGAUAGUGAGAAAAUAAAAAAUAAUGAAAAUUCUAGUAUAUUUGAUUCAGUUAAUCAACUAUUCAUCAAUACUAUCAAUUCUUCUACAUCUGAAAAUACUGAAAUGUUUAAAAAUACUAAAGAAAAUAUAAACUUAUUGCCAAAUAUCCAGUGUUUUAGUACUCCAAAUAAUAAUAAUUGUAAUAUACAAAAAUUGAAAAGUAAUCUUAGUUUAUUUAUUGAACAAAUUCAAAGAGAAAAUGCAGAUCUUGAUGUAGACUCUGAAGAUUCAAUAUUAUCAACAAAUUACAAAAUAUGUAGAAAUCCAUUUAAUAUAAGACAGAAUAAUUCUUCUGAAUAUUGUAUAUCUCAAAUAAACACUAUUACAGAAAAAAAAUAUAAAGCAAAAAAAGAUAUUUUGAUUGAUACAUCAGAUUAUGAUAAAAAUUCAAAAGUAGAUAUAAAAAUACAUGAAAAAGAUGAUGCAAAUAUGUUUUUUAAUCAUGAAUUGGUAGAUAAUGUGAUAAAUUCAUCAGAAUCUAAUAUAGAAAAAUAUAAAAAUAAUUCAUUGAAUGAAAAUAUAAAUAAUAUAUGUAAUCUUGAAAAAAUAAUUUCUGAAUUAGAUGAUGAAGAUUUAAAUAUAUAUACAUAUGAAAAAAGCAAGAAAAAUAAAAAUAUUCCAUAUACUGAAAAUUCUAAAGACAAUAGCCAAAUUUUUGAAAAUGAUGUUUAUUUAGCAAAUGUUUAUAUUGAUAAUAGUGAUGAUAAUAUCAAUACUUCAUUGUUUACCAAAGAAAUAAAUCAAUUAGAACAAUUCCAAAACAGAAAAACAUUAUUAACUACAAAAAAAUGUAAUAGAAAAUUUCAAAAGAAAUCAAGAUCAGAAACAAGUUUAUAUAUUAAUACAAAAGAUAUUAAGAAUAAUAUAACUUACAAUAAAUCUUACAAUAAUUUUCAAGUCUGCACAUGUAAUCAUAAAAAAGAAACAACUACACAUGAAAUUAUUAGAGAUAGUGUUACACCUCCUCCUAAUUAUAAUGACAUGAAAACAACUGAGCUUCAAGCAGAAUUAAAUAAAUAUGGAUUAAAAAUACAAAAACGAAAAAGAGCUAUAAAAUUAUUAACAUAUAUUUAUGAUGAAUUACAUCCAACAAUUUGUACAUCAAAGAGUGUAGAAUCUAAAGUGGUAAUAAGUACUAGUGAAGAUGAUGAACCUCCAAUGAAAAAAAUAUAUAAUAGAAAAGAUAUUGAUUGCAUUGAUAAUUAUGAUUAUCAAUUAGGGUUAUCCCAAGAAUAUACAAAUAAACAAUUAUCACUAAAUAUAAUUGAUAAAGAAAAACAAUUAGAUGAAUCUGAAUUCAUUUCAAUAAUUGAUAAUACAAAUAUUAAAGAUAUGUUUUUAAAAAUUCUUUCUGUUAAAACAGAAUUAUAUAAUAAAAUUUUAAUGUAUGAACCAAUAUGUAUUAAUACUUUAUAUUCUAUGUUAAAAGCAGAAGGUUUCAAAUGCAAAAUGAAUACUCUCAUGAAGUUUUUAGAUGAACAGUGUAUUACAUUUUAUGUUUAGAAAAUGAAAUAAGAAUAAAAGUAAUAUAUUAUUAAAUGAAAAUAUAUACAUAUUUAUCUGUAUAAUUUGAACAUGUGAUUGAAAUAUAUUGAAGUGUAUAUUAAAG